CGCGGAGCACAAUGCAGCACUGAGGCAGCGCCGCGGUGGAGGCUGCAGCGCCACGGCCGCUGCAGCACCGGCCGGGGCUGGGAAGGGGCGGCCCAGGCAAACCGGGGGGCGCCGGACGAGGGAGCCGGACCGGCUGCCCGGGCAUGAGGAGCUGAGCGUUUCCAGCGAGGCGGGCUGACGGGAGCACCAUGCGGGGAGCGGCUGCGUCCGUGCCCUUGCUGCUGCUCUGCGCACUGGGGACCUGCCCCCCGGCGCGCUGCGGCCGGGCAGGAGACGCCUCGUUGACGGAGUCGGAGAGGAGGAACGAAAACCGCUUCCUGGAGCGCCAGAGCAUCGUGCCACUCCGGCUCAUCUACCGCUCUGGCGGCGAAGAUGAAACUGGGCACGACGCGCUGAACACACGGGUGCGGGGCGACCCUGGCGGCGCUCAGUUGACUCAUGUUGACCAGGCAAGCUUCCAGGUUGAUGCCUUUGGAACAUCAUUUAUUCUUGAUGUCAUGCUAAACCAUGACUUGCUGUCCUCCGAAUACAUAGAGAGACACAUUGAACAUGGAGGGAAGACUGUGGAAGUUAAAGGAGGAGAACACUGUUACUACCAGGGCCACAUCCGAGGAAACCCUGCCUCAUUUGUUGCCUUGUCAACAUGCCACGGACUUCAUGGGAUGUUCUAUGAUGGGAACCAUACCUAUCUCAUUGAGCCAGAGGAAAAUGACACCUCCCAAGCGGAUUUCCAUUUUCAUUCGGUUUACAAAUCCAGACUCUUUGAAUUUCCUUUGGAUGAUCUUCCAGCUGAAUUCCAACAAGUAAGCAUCACUUCACCAAAAUUUAUUUUGAAGCCAAGACCCAAAAGGACUAAGCGGCAGCUCCGUCGACGUCCUCGAAAUGUAGAGGAGGAAACCAAGUACAUUGAACUGAUGAUUGUGAACGACCAUCUCAUGUUUAAAAAACAUCGGCUUUCAGUUGUACAUACCAAUACGUAUGCAAAGUCUGUGGUGAACAUGGCGGAUUUAAUAUACAAAGACCAACUUAAAACAAGGAUAGUGUUGGUUGCCAUGGAAACCUGGGCAGCUGACAACAAGUUUGCCAUAUCUGAAAAUCCAUUGAUCACCUUACGUGAGUUUAUGAAAUACAGAAGGGAUUUUAUCAAAGAGAAAAGUGAUGCAGUUCACCUUUUUUCGGGAAGUCAAUUUGAGAGUAGCCGGAGCGGGGCAGCUUAUAUUGGUGGGAUUUGCUCGUUGCUGAAAGGAGGAGGCGUGAAUGAAUUUGGGAAAACUGAUUUAAUGGCAGUUACACUUGCCCAGUCAUUAGCCCAUAAUAUUGGUAUUAUCUCAGACAAAAGAAAGUUAGCAAGUGGUGAGUGUAAAUGUGAGGACACGUGGUCUGGAUGCAUAAUGGGAGACACUGGCUAUUAUCUUCCUAAGAAGUUCACCCAGUGUAAUAUUGAAGAGUACCAUGACUUCUUGAAUAGUGGGGGUGGCGCUUGUCUUUUCAACAAACCUUCCAAGCUUCUGGAUCCUCCUGAGUGUGGUAAUGGCUUCAUUGAAACUGGAGAGGAGUGUGACUGUGGGACCCCGACAGAAUGUGUCCUUGAAGGAGCAGAGUGUUGUAAGAAAUGCACCUUGACUCAAGACUCUCAAUGCAGUGAUGGUCUGUGUUGUAAAAAGUGCAAGUUUCAGCCUCUGGGAACUGUGUGCCGAGAAGCAGUAAAUGAGUGUGACAUUCAUGAAACAUGCUCAGGAAAUUCAAGUCAGUGUGCCCCAAAUAUUCAUAAAAUGGAUGGGUAUUCAUGUGAUGGUGUUCAGGGGAUUUGCUUUGGAGGAAGAUGCAAAACCAGGGAUAGACAAUGUAAAUACAUCUGGGGGCAAAAGGUGAUGGCAUCAGACAAAUACUGCUACGAGAAAUUAAAUAUCGAAGGGACGGAGAAGGGUAACUGUGGGAAAGACAAAGACACGUGGAUACAGUGCAACAAACGGGAUGUGCUUUGUGGUUACCUUUUAUGUUCCAAUAUUGGUAAUAUUCCAAGGCUCGGAGAACUUGAUGGUGAAAUCACGUCUACUUUAGUUGUACAGCAAGGAAGAACAUUAAACUGCAGUGGUGGGCAUGUUAAGCUUGAAGAAGAUGUAGAUCUUGGCUAUGUGGAAGAUGGGACACCUUGUGGUCCUCAAAUGAUGUGCUUAGAGCACAGGUGUCUUCCUGUGGCUUCCUUCAAUUUUAGUACUUGCUUAAGCAAUAAAGAAGGCGCUGUUUGUUCAGGAAAUGGAGUGUGCAGCAAUGAGCUGAAGUGUGUGUGUAACAGACAUUGGACCGGUGCUGACUGCAGCACUUACUUCCCUCACAAUGACGAUGCAAAGACUGGCAUAACUCUGUCUGGCAACGGUGUUGCUGGUACCAAUAUCAUAAUAGGCAUAAUUGCUGGCACCAUUUUGGUGCUGGCCCUCAUAUUAGGAAUAAUUGCGUGGGGUUAUAAAAACUAUCGAGAACAGAGACAGUUGCCCCAGGGAGAUUAUGUAAAAAAGCCUGGAGAUGGCGACUCUUUUUAUAGCGACAUUCCUCCUGGAGUCAGCACAAACUCAGCAUCUAGUUCUAAGAAGAGGUCUGCUUUUCUGUCGCAUUUUCAGAUUUCUACCUGUUCCAUCACACAUUAUUCCAUUAGUCAGAACAUUUCAUUAUUUUGCAGCAGGUCAAAUGGACUCUCUCAUUCUUGGAGUGAAAGGAUUCCAGACACAAAACAUAUUUCAGACAUCUGUGAAAAUGGGCGACCUCGAAGUAAUUCUUGGCAAGGUAACCUAGGAGGCAACAGAAAGAAAAUCAGAGGCAAAAGAUUUAGACCUCGGUCUAAUUCAACUGAGAGGGAGCCCCAAGCACCUGAGCCUGGGCACUCCCUCGCCCAGACAGUCCCAUCCCAAGGCAUAAGCCCAGGGGGCUCUGACAGCCCCCAGGCAGGGGGUCUGGAUCACAGGUAUUUAAACCCAUGGUUCAAAAGAGACUAUAAUGUAGCUAAGUGGGUAGAAGAUGUGAAUAAAAACACUGAAGGACCAUACUUUAGCUCCCAAGAUGGCCAACGUCAGGAAGACAGGACUUUAUCUCCUGCCAAGUCUCCUUCUUCAUCAACUGGGUCUAUUGCCUCCAGCAGAAAAUACCCCUACCCAAUGCCUCCACUUCCUGAUGAGGAGAAGAAAGUGAAUCGACAAAGUGCCAGGCUAUGGGAGACAUCCAUUUAAGAUCAACUGUUUACAUGUGAUACAUCGAAACUGUUUACUUCAACUUUUAUAGAAACCCAGCCUCAUGGAAUCACUGCAAAUCUAUCUGCUCUUCAGACGAUACAAACACCCUCAGAGAUGCCACAAGCGAGGAGAAGCCCAGUCUCAC